GGUCAAGCGAACUCAGACUCCACAAAAGCGACAGCGAGCUGUCAAUUCAGCUGUAGUGCUGGUGGAACGUCAGUAUCGAGAAGACGCUAUCGCGUGUUGACUAGCGGCCAGCUUGAGAAUCCUAGCGCUGCUUCGGAAGACUCCACCCAGGAGAUGUGGAAUCGAGGGCUCGACGCCGCUGUGUGCACAAGGCCUCCAGUCAAAAUGAAGCGUCAAAACGGCAAUCGGGCUCCUGAUGGGUACCUUUUGUGCUUAACGCAGUUGGCGUUCCUGUUUUCCGGGAAGGGAAUAUUGAGUCCAGCUUUCAGGGGUCCGACAUGCGCCACUGAGAGGGUUCGUUACCUGGCACGUUCAGGAGGCCACGCUCCUUAAAACGGCGACUCCUGACGACAUCUUAGUAGCCGCCUGCACCUGCUUGAUCAGUAAAACCCCCUCUCUUGAAAGCUCCUUGUCAUCCUGGGUUGACCGCGGCGUUGCACUCCGAAAUGCCUCCUCUUGACCUUACGAUCCCAACAACUCCCUCCUCAAUCUCAGUAGUCAGAGGCUCCAAACCAGUGGAGCGUUGCUCUCCGCUACAAAUUGCUCAUGCCAUACUGAAGGAACAUAAUCUUCCACAUGGCCUAUUACCUAUGGAGAGCUUGGCGGACAUCUCCUUCAACUCCAGUGAUGGAAGAUUCGUUGCAACCCAGGAAGCAAAAGAGUCCACUGCGGAAUUCGGUGGACAUUACAUCAAAUUUGACAAAGUCAUCACAGGCGAAUUGUAUCAGAAUGGAAUUCGCAAUGUAAAGGGAAUAAGAGUCAAACGCUUCCGUAUUUGGUUAGGUAUUGGCAACGUAAGGAUAGACCCUUCUCCUGGCAAAAACAUCCACUUCCAGGUCGGCCCGUUUACAGCUUCACUCCCUGCCAAGGAGCUAUGGGAAUACAAAUUCUGGGCGCCGUCCUUCAAUAAAGAGCCAGAGUUACUUAGCUCCUCGAGUCAUCUGCCACCUGUUCUUCACCUUCCCCCACUGACUACCCGUUUCCACACGGCCAGUGUUGCGAUCUAUAGCCCACGCUCACCUAGUGUCAAGGCUCCAGCCAGUGGACCUAAUAUGAUGGAAAGGGCAUGACCAGCAGCUUGACCACCUUUUAACCUUGAAAGCUGCCAUCCCUUGGAACUCCAAAACUGUCGAGAUUUUCAUUGUUGUUGGGGUAUAACAUGCAUGUUAUGGGAAAGAUGUGGAGUAAUUUUACUUAGGUCACCAUCUGUCGUGUUUUAGCAAGGCCUGCUCAAUCCCAACAAUCCUAAGUGUAGGCAUGUGAGUGGUGGUGCGAAAAAGUACUGUAGUCGGAGUUACGUAAAGGCAAACUCGCUUUAGCGCUAUUCAGCACGCCUUGUUAGCACAAACGCGGCCGUACUACCGUACUUCACUCCAUCCUCUUGACCUGGUAGCGUCUUCGGUCCGUGCGGCGCCUCGUUCUCUCCAUCGUCCUCGCGACAUAAUCCGACAUCCACACAACCGUUUCGUGGCAGAUAGUAGACUGUCCAUCAUCCACUUUACACACUUCAAACGACCCCCGAUAUCGCCAUUCUCCGCCCUCCGCCCAUUCACACACAGACUCGCUCGCAAAUCUUCAUCACCCCACUGACUCGAGAGACGCCGCGACUGAGCGCCAUCAUGACGAGACAAGCCGCGUCUAUCGUUGCGCUAUCCGGCCUCGUCCUCGUCGGCCUUCUCCUGGCCUUCACGCCUCUCGCGGCGAACGCGUCGCGGAUAACUCCCAACGGCACGCUAACCGUCCCGGAGCGAUCGUCGGGUUGGCGGCGCAGUUUGUUUUUUCUGCCGUUCGGCCGUUACAUGUGCUUUAAGUCCGGGCUGAAGGGUUACAGCUCCAUGCUCAAGCUCCAAUACGGGCUCGUGCUCCACUGGAAGGCCACCAAGGGCAAAACCAUCAGCUUUGCGAUCCAGGCGCGCAAGGGCUCCGCGGCCUACAAGGCCGGGUGGUUUGCGGUCGGGUGGUCACCAAGCGGCGACAUGGGCGGAAGCAACGUGGUCGCGUACGAGAGCGGGGCGGACGCCGCUGCGCCGUACGAUUUGGUGGGGCAAUCCGCGGCCGUCGCUGCGACGUCAUGGACGCCCGGGUCGCUCACCGUUACCACCGGCAACAAGGGCGGAAGAUUGAUCACGUUCACCCGCUCGCCUGACGACGGCGCGUCAGUGAAGGUGCGCAACAGCGGGGGCGCCAACAUCGUGUUUGCUUACGGCCCCGACUCUUCUGUUGCCAUGCACAGCAAUGCGGAGCACACCGUGACAGACUUCUCCUGUGGCUGCGGGCCUUUUGGGAGUGGGUGCUGAGGUCCAAAAGAACACAUGUACAAGUCGUUGCUCUGCUCGAGAACUGGCUGUUGCAAACGUUUGAAGCCUUAGGGCGUGUCCCAAGCGUAUGUCAGAUUGGGGUUGGGUGAGGUGCUUUCCGGGUCUGAAGGAUGAAAAAUCAAUCUGAAGUGGUUGGGUAGGGUAUUGAGCAAGCACGUACGCUUUGGACACGCCCUUAGCUCAGCACUUGGAGCUCAUGAGAGAUGACCUUGAGUGUUUACGCCUAUACACAUUUUGUGACAUUCGAGAACAUGGCACAUGGGUUUUCCAAGACAU